AUGAAGGAACACUUCGAAAACCAACAAGUAAGCCUUAAUAAGUUCGAUGCCAAGCUUACCGAAGUCCAAAAAGAAGUAAGGGACCUUGGAGGCAAAUUUUGUACACUAAAGGAGGAAGUGGAUGAGCUCACAAAGUCUGUGCAAUUCUUGUCUAAUGCUUAUGAUGACCAGAUUGGGUUAAAUGAAGAAUCCAAAAAGUCCCUGUCGAAUUUAAAUACGGAAAACCAAAAUUUGCGAUCGCAAAUGAUUGACUUGAAUAGCAAAAUUGAUCACCUUGAGCAGCAAGCUAGAGAUUGUAACGUUGAGCUUCAGUGCAUCCCGGAAACCAAAAAUGAGAAUAUCCUCACCAUUGUCCAGCAGAUGGCAUCAGUUGUCUCUUGCGACCUAACAGAUGGCAGCAUACUGAACUUUCACAGAGUUGCUAAGAUGGACACACAAUCACAACGACCGCGAAGCAUUGUAGUGAAAUUGUCCAGCCCAAGAGUACGAGACGAUUUACUUGCGGCCGUUAAACGUUUUAAUAAGAAAAAUCCACAGAACAAGCUGAAUACGUCUCAUUUAGGUUUCGCUGGCGAGAUCGCUCUUCGUGUCCACUAUCUUGCCAUAAAAAAGAAGGUGGUGGGGUAG